AUGGCCCCUUCGUCUUUCGCAUCCGCCGCCGCCGGCAACAACUCCUCCCAGAUCCCUCCGCGCGAUGCUCCUUCGGAAUGGCCGCGCAGAACCAACGGAGCCACGCAGACAUUCCGUCGACCGUCAGGCGCCACCAACACCUCCAGCACUCCCCACCAGACUGAGCCCCUCGCUUCGCUACCACCGCGAUACGUCCCGCCUCACCGCAAUGGCACCCUUCCCGACACUCGCUAUGCCAAGGAACAAUUACUCGAUCUUUACAAAACCCAGCAGAGCACCGAAGGGGGCUUGAGUGAUGGAUUGCAGGGUUCGUUCGUGGGAGGUUGGCAACCUGAUGUGACAAAUGGCACAGCUCCUGCGUGGGGCAGGGCAGAUCAGGCCAGAGAUCCUCAGCCCGGUCCUGAAGCUUGCUGGGAGAAAGAUGGCUCGAUUGAACCUCUGGGAUUGACCGACAUGGACGACGACGAGAGGGAGCUGUUCAUGAACUCGGUCAAUACACCCAUCAAACCCCCGGCUACUAACAAGGACAACCAGCAAGCAAAUGGUUUGCCUGGACGCAAGGUGUCAAUUUCCACUGCCACCACACCCGGCGGCUUUGGACUUCCAUCGCCAAACGUUGCGCGCGGCGGUGGGCGCCGUCGGGAGACGAGCGAGUCCUACCCAUUCCCUCAAAACACUGUCGCUUCUCCAGGCGGUUUCAACCGAGACGAGCAGCGAGCUGCUUCGCCUCCACCUUCUCUCCAGCGUAGGAGGACGGACUUGAAGGAUGCCAAUCGAUCGGACGAAAAGGAGGGCGAAGAGAAGGCCUCGACUCCGUUCGGAACAUUGAAACGCCACCCCACCGGUCCAUUAUCUGCCGGCUUCAAUGCACCCUCUUCUCCAUGGGGAUCGACUGCCCCGCAAAGUGCCGGAUUGUCUCCCAUGGGCUCUUUCGGCAAUUUUGGCUUGGGUGGUACCGCGGCUCAGGCGGGUGCGGCAAGCGACAAACGCCCUGGGUUGGGAAGCGGCAGGUCGGAGAGCAGGUUCAAGAAUCUUCUAAGCAAAGACAGUGGUGAAGAGAUCGGGCAAAGAACCCUUGAGAGAAAGACUAGCAUUUCCAGCCUUUCGCGGGUGAACGAGAAUGAAUCUUGGCGCGCACAGGACCGGACCGAUCCCGUGAACGAUAUUCUGGACGAGGCUGAUGAAGAUAUGCCCUCUGGGAGUGCGGCUUUGAACGCUGAUACCGAUAUCAGUCCACCGCACCCUCGACAGGGACUCCGCGGCUUCGGCACGCCAAGCCGUCAAGGCACACAGGACGAAUUCGGAUUUGGCGCCUUUGGCAUGACUUCCGACAACACGCAUGGGUUUGGCCAAGGCUUUCUCCCUGGUAGAGAGGCUUUCCAACAGACGCCAGCACAUCAGCGAAUGGGACAACCUCCCGGUACUGGAAACGAACCUAUGAGUCCAACGGAUACAAACCCAUAUCAGUCUCCAGAACAGCACGGUGUAGACAGGAUGCAUGAAGACGCUGGCGACGAUGCCAACGAAUCGCACAACAAUCAUCUUCCCGGACUAGGCCAGUUUGGUGAUCAGCAACUUGGAGGCCUGGGCGGACUUGGGGCUCUUCCAAACCUCGGACGUGCUCCAGGCGGGCAAGGUCCAGCAAGUGACAGAAGCCAGACUUCCAGUGUAGGGCCCAAUCGUGGAUUCUCAGGGUUGGGAGGUCUCGGGCAGCUGGGUAAUGUUUCUGGCUCUGCGGCCUGGCCCGUCACUCAAGGUGGUCUUGGCACUCCAAGCAGACAAACAGCAGGUCUUUCGAACGCAUUCGGCGGUGGUGUCUUCUCCAAUAACAUGUCUGAUUUGCAAUCGCCGAGUCUCGCGGGAUUGGGAGGGGGUAACUUCGGCCCACAGGCUGGCUUUGGUGGCAGUCGCAUGGCGAGCAUGUUUCCACAAGCCAUGCAGGACCAGAUGCGCCAGAGCGAGAAUGAUCGCGACAAUGAGCGCGCUCCUCUUGGCUUUGGUGGCUUUGGGGAUGCAGGCAGGGCUGCUGAGAGUCCUUUUGCGAACCAAGGCUUCAAUCAAGGUCACGAGCAGUCUCAGGCUGGCGACAACCAACAAGCGCAGUUUGGUGCACCUGGGCAACCAAUGCAGCAAGACCCAUCGCAACCACAGGGUCAGUUCCAAGGAAGCUCGGCCUCAAGCCAACCUCCUGCUCCUCAGCAACGUACGAUGGUCAUGCCAGAUCGCAUGCGUUGGAUCUACAAGGACCCUCAAGGUCAGACACAGGGGCCAUGGACUGGACUGGAAAUGCAUGACUGGUACAAGGCAGGCUUCUUCUCCCCUGAGCUUCUGGUCAAGAAAUAUGAGGAUCUAGAGUACGAGCCGCUCGCGCAGCUCAUCAGGCGCAUUGGUAACUCUCGUGAGCCCUUUUUGGUUCCGCAGAUUGGCAUCCCUCAUGGCGCCGCGACUGCUCCCACUGGACCUAAUGCUUGGGCGAGCAUUACUGCUAUUAGUACUACAGGCGCCCAACCACCGUUUGCUUCCAGCUUCCCGAGCUUUGGCACAACUCUCACUGCCGAACAGCAGAAUGCACUUGAGAGGAGGAAGCAAGAAGAGCAGUAUCUCAUGGCCCGCCAGAAGGAACAUCUCGCGCAAGCUCAGAUUGCUCAGCGAAUGCAAAUGCAACCAGGCCACCCUAACCUGGCACCUGGGCAGCAGCUUCAGCAUCAUAGCAGCGCGCAGAGCCUGCACUCGCAGCCGAGCUUUGGAAGCAUUGCUAGCCCGACUGCAUUUCAGCCAAGCCCCGUUCAGGGACCAACGCCAGCUUCCCACACGCAGGGCUUCUUUGACAAUUCUUUCCGUGCACAGCAGGCGGGUGGGCUAGGUGCUGUUGGCGGCGGCUUGGACUCUUUGGGCCGGAUCCGCGAAGAAGAGAUCCCUGGUAUCAUGGAUCGCUUGAAUCUGAGCGAGAAUAGAGGUCAGUUUGGGGCUCCCGGACAGCCAGUAGGUGGCCAGCAGCAGCAGGCUCAGCCUACUCAAGAAGCACACGACAAGCAAGUCCAGCAGAUGCUUCAGGACCGUGCGCGUCUGCAGCAAGAACAGGCUGAGCAUGACGUCCAGCAGCAGUCAAGUGAGCAGCAACAAGCUCAAGCAUCCAACGACCGCCUACAGCAGUUCCAGCAGCUGCAAAAUGAGAUCCCUGGCAUCGGCCGAUUUCAGCCUGCUCUGGAGCGAGCAUCUGGUGCUCAACCCGGCCACCAGGCUGGACAGGCUCAGUCUCAAGGUAACUCAUCCAUGCAGAGCAGUGUGGGUUCGCCAAUCGUGCCGGCUCAGGAACAGAGACCACAGGCGCAGGAAGAGCCGCUCUCGUUGACCGAGCAGGUCCAGAAAGCUGCCUCAGCCAAGCAGUCCCCUGUCCCGCAGCAGCCAGGCUUGCCACAGCCAUUCCCACCUGCCCCAUCUCAGUCACCAUUGCCAGCGCCUGCCGCGCAGCGUACCGGACGACAGAGUGUGGCUGAUCAGCUUCAGACAGAGUCUCGCGAUCUUUCGCAAACUCCAUCGGCAGACACUCGUAGCGCAACUGUCGCUCCAUGGGCGAAAGAGCCCGCGGAGGCUCCAAAAGGCCCAUCCCUCAAGGAGAUCCAAGCGGCUGAAGCGAAGAAGGCUGCCGAAGCUGAGGCAAUGGCUGCAGCUGCAAGGCGUGCACAACUCCAGAAGGAUAUGGAGGCUCAGCAGGUACAAGCGUCAGCUCCUCAACCAGGGUUGCCAACCUCGUCCACUUGGGGUGCUGCAUCCCCUGCUACGCCAACCGGAUCCGCCCCAGCGGCAUGGACAAAGACUGCACAGAAGCCUACCGGUCCAUCCGCUUCGAAGACCUUGGCGCAGAUCCAGAAGGAGGAGGAAGCCCGCAAGAAGAAGCAAGCUGCUGCUGCGGCCGCUGCGCAAGCCCAAGCACAUGCUAUGAGCAGUGUUCCUGCUCCAGCUGGUGGCAAGAGUUACGCCAAUUUGGCCGGUAAAGUCGGCUCGCCUGCACCAACUGGUAACGCCCCUGGUGGAGCAUGGACGACGGUCGGUGCUGGUGGCAAGCCAAAGACGCCUGCAGCUGUACCAACCCCAGCCGGCAGCCGUACUGUGAGCGCUGGCGUUGUGCCUACGUUGCAACCUGCGGCGCCUGCUAGGAAGCCGCCGACUCGGAGCUCGACUAUGACAAACCCGGGUACUGUAAAUGCACAGGAAGAAUUCAAGAAGUGGGCUAUUGGUGAGCUGAGACCAGAUUUGAACAAGGAAAUCAACGCCGACGAAUUCGUUGCCGGUCUUGUAUUCCUCCCACCAGACGCCGAAAUCAUCACCGAAGCAGUCCAUGGUGUCUCCAGUACCAUCGAUUCCCGUCACUUCGCAAACGAGUUCAUCCGUCGCAAGAAGCUCGCGGACAAGGGCCUGAUCGAUACUACUGUGCCUAAGAGCGCCAGUCCAGGCGCUUCAGCUAACGGCCAGUCUGGCUGGAAUGAGGUUGCCAAAAAGGGGCCUAGCAAAGACACAGCGGCGGCAAAGGAGGAGGCCAAUGGCAACUUCAGAGUGGUCGCUGCGAAGAAGAAGGGUCAGAGCAAGAGAUAG